CUUUCAUGAAAUUCAGUUUCCAUUUCAAGUGACUUGAAGAUAUCGGUUUCCAAAGUUUCUCGAAAAAAAAUUACUUUUGGACAAAAAAAAAUGCCUCACCUUACACGAAUGAGCAACAAGCACGAAUGUAUCCGUAUGAUGAUGUAUUUAUUAGCCGGGGAAUUAAAUUUGAGAGGUACCGAGAGAGUUGAUGGUAUAGACUUAAUGGAAGCUCACGCGUCGGGAUUGUUGACAUGGGAAGAGGUGCAACCACACAUUAAGUUCAUCAUAAACGUCAUUAAAUAUGAAUUGAACCAGGACCAGGAAUUUCGAAUGGUUGAAUCGAUCAUGCAUUUGUUCAACGACGUACAACUCACCGAUCCGCAAAGUGGACUCCAGAUGAUUAUGGAUGAGGAUAACCUAGAAAUGAGGAUAGAAAUAGUGGAGAAACUUAAAGUAUUUUUCUUGCAAGAAAAGGGCUUAUACGUCGUUUAAGUGUUUUGUUUGAAUUACUGAUUUUAAUUGUAACUGUGAAUGUAUUUGUGAAAGUUUUCAAAUUAUCUUUUUCUCUCUAAAUAUUUGUUGAAUUUUAUCCAAGUUAUCUUGUUCAAAUGCACUCAUUUGGAGGAUUAAAUUUUUUAAAUGAAUAAAGCUAUAUCAAAUUUGUAUUA